CUUGCUCCCUUGGCCAUUCCAUUCCAAGAAGACAAAACCAAAAAGGUCAAGGCUAACCCAAACCAGAACCUCCAGCAGAAGUCAACGCCGGGAACCAAGAAGAGGAUCAAAUCAAUCCCUUCUCUCCUUCUCUCUCUCUCUCUCCCCCGAAAGGCUCCCGCCACCAUGUCGUCGCGCCCGCCCCCGCCGCCGCGCCCGCACCUGUCGCUGCCGCCGCGCUCGACCGCGGAGUCGCUCUUCACCGGCGUCGGGGACGCUAGCCCCGGCCCGCUCACGCUCGCUUCCGCGCUCUUCUCCUCCGACUCCGACGCCGACGGCGGCGGAGGCGGCGGCGGGGGCAGCGCCUCCUCUGGCUCGGGGCCGACGAGCUUCACCCAGCUGCUCAUCGGCAACCUCUCGCAGCCGCCUCAGCAACAACAGCAGCAGCAGCAGCAGCAGCAAGAGAGGGGGAGAGGCGGGGUCGCGAGGGCAGGGCCGGCGAUUUCUGUGGCGCCGCCGGCGGGCGCGGCCGUGUUCACCGUGCCCCCCGGGCUGAGCCCUUCCGGCUUAUUCGACUCACCCGGCCUGAUCUUCUCGCCGGCCAUGGGAGGUUUUGGCAUGUCACAUCAACAGGCCCUGGCCCAAGUUACAGCCCAAGCAAGCCAUUCUCCGCUCAGAAUGUUUGAUCACAUUGAACAACCAUCUUUCUCAGCAGCUGCAUCAUCAUCUGAAGCUGUACAACAUAUGAGCUCUGCAGCCAAUAUGGCAGGAAUGUCAGAGAUGGCGACAAUAUCGAACAAUGAUAAUGCAGCAUUUCAUUCUGCUGAGGCGUCCCAGAGGUACCAAGUUCCUGCCCCUGUUGAUAAGCCUGCUGAUGAUGGCUACAAUUGGCGAAAAUAUGGUCAGAAGGUGGUGAAGGGUAGUGAUUGCCCAAGGAGCUACUACAAAUGUACUCAUCCCAGUUGUCCUGUCAAGAAAAAAGUAGAGCACGCAGAAGAUGGUCAAAUAUCUGAGAUCAUAUACAAAGGAAAACACAAUCACCAGCGACCACCAAAUAAGCGGGCAAAAGAUGGCAACUCUUCAGCAGCCGAGCACAAUGAACAAUCCAAUGACACAGCAUCUGGUUUGUCAGGCGUUAGAAGAGAUCAGGAAGCUGUAUAUGCAAUGUCUGAACAAUUAUCAGGUUUAAGUGAUGGAGAUGAUAAGGAUGAUGGUGAAUCUAGGCCAAAUGAAGUUGAUAAUGGAGAGAAUGACUGCAAACGAAGGAAUAUACAAGUUUCUUCGCAGAAGACCCUGACAGAGUCUAAGAUCAUCGUGCAAACAACCAGUGAGGUUGACCUUUUGGAUGAUGGUUAUAGAUGGCGCAAGUAUGGGCAGAAGGUGGUCAAAGGAAAUCCUCAUCCAAGGAGUUACUACAAGUGCACGUUUGCUGGUUGCAAUGUUAGGAAGCACAUUGAGAGGGCCUCUUCAGAUCCCAAGGCUGUCAUAACAACUUAUGAAGGAAAACAUAACCAUGAACCACCAGUUGGUAGGGGCAGUAAUCAGAACGCAGGAAACUCAGCCCCUUCCAACAGGUCACAGCAGAAAGGGCCGAGUAGCAUGUCCAGUAAUCAAACUUCACUUACAAGAACAGACUUCAGCAACAAUAACCAGAGGCCAAUUGGGGUGUUACAGUUCAAGAGGGAAGAGUAGACUCUGUUUGGACCCUCAUUGCAGAGUUGUUGUGCUGGUAUUUGGUUCAUUUUAUUCUGGCAAAGAUUGGAUGCCUGAAGUUCUUGAAGUCAUAUGGCUCCGAACAUCCUUGAAAUCAAGUUAUACAAUAGUAGCAGUGUUUCAGUUUUCCCACAGAUACAUGGAAUUGCUCAUACAGCACAAACUUUUCUAGCUCAUAUACAUAACAGAUACAUGGAAUUGCUAAUGGAAGCAAAUGCGGUACAAUACCAGCUAGAUGGAAGCUCUGUAUACAUGUUUAUGAUGCUGUAGACGUAUCAGUUGUAUACAUGUUUACUUUGUAAUUUAUUCCCCAACAUGUUCUUGUUUGUAUUGUAAUAAGAUUUAAAAGAGAAGUGGAUGUACAUAUGCUUUCUGGUAUCUAUGUUGUAAUUUCUAGAAAAUGAAAUCAACUUAAGAAAGUUCUCUUGUAGACAAUAUAUUGUGAUUAUUUUACCUUCAAUGCCACAUUGUUUAUAUUUUGGGUU